AUGCGACGGCCUCCUGGGGAUGCAGAGGUGGUCAGCGAGGGCCCAGGUGGCGGGGGCCUAUGGAGAGUCCAGGAGUCCGGGAGGCCGUGCUGCGCCGGCCCUGACCGGUGUGGGCAGGCCUUACUGCAGAUUGGGAUCAACAUGAUGGCACUGCCUGGAGGCCGCCACCUGGACUCCAUCCCCCUGCCAGGGCAACGGCUGAACCUAAUGCAGGUGGACUCUGUUCAGCGCUGGAUGGAGGACCUGAAGCUCAUGACCGAGUGCGAGUGUAUGUGCGUCCUGCAGGCAAAGCCCAUCAGCCUAGAGGAGGAUGCUCAGGGUGACCUCAUCUUGGCCGGCGGCCCAGGCUCUGGAGACCCCUUGCAGCUGCUGCUUAAGCGCGGCUGGGUCAUCAGCACCGAGCUGCGCAGGAUCGGGCAGAAGCUGGCCCAGGACCGCUGGGCGCGCGUGCACAGCAUGAGCGUGCGUCUGACCUGCCACGCCCGCUCCAUGGUCAGCGAGUACAGCGCGAUCAGCAGGAGCUCUUCGCAGGAAAUGGGCCAGGUUGAGAAGCUGCUGAUGGAGAAAUGCUCGGAGCUCUCAGCAGUCACAGAGAGGUGCCUGCAGGCAGAGAAUGAGCACGUCCUGAAGUCAAUGAAGGCCUGUGUGAGCGAGACCCUGAGCACGCUGGGCCAGCACUUUGGCCAGCUGCUGGAGCUGGCCCUGACCAGGGAGGUGCAGGCACUGGUGAGAAAAAUCGAUGCCUCAGACAACAUCUAUACUACCGAGUCCACCACAGGGAACCUGUUCAGCCUGACCCAGGAGGGUGCUCCUUUGUGUCGCAUCAUAGCCAAGGAGGGUGGGGUCGUAGCACUCUUCAAGGUCUGCCGGCAGGACAAUUUCCGGUGCUUGUAUCCCCAGGCGCUCCGCACUCUGGCCUCCAUCUGCUGUGUGGAAGAGGGUGUCCACCAGCUGGAGAAGGUGGAUGGUGUUCUGUGCUUGGCCGACAUCCUGACUGACGACAGCCACUCCGAGGCUACACGAGCUGAAGCUGCAGCUGUGGUGGCUCAGGUUACCUCCCCACACCUGUCCUUCACACAGCACCUCAGUAGCUUUCUGGAGAGCAUGGAGGAGAUCGUGACAGCCCUUGUCAAACUGUGCCAAGAGGCCUCCUCUGGGGAAGUCUUCCUGUUGGCUUCCGCGGCCCUUGCCAACAUCACCUUCUUUGACACGAUGGCCUGUGAGAUGCUCUUGCAGCUGAAUGCCAUCCGUGUUCUCUUGGAAGCCUGCAGCGACAAGCAGAGAGUGGACACACCAUACACCAGGGACCAGAUUGUGACCAUCUUGGCAAACAUGUCUGUCCUAGAGCAGUGUGCCUCUGACAUCAUCCAGGAGAAUGGGGUCCAGCUUAUCAUGGGCAUGCUGUCUGAGAAGCCACGGUCUGGGACCCCUGCCGAGGUGGCAGCCUGUGAACGAGUCCAGCAGAAAGCUGCAGUGACCCUGGCCCGACUCAGCCGAGACCCAGAUGUGGCCCGGGAGGCCGUGCGGCUCAGCUGUAUGUCCCGUCUCAUCGAGCUCUGCAGAUCCCCAUCGGAGAGGAACAGCAGUGACGCUGUACUCGUGGCCUGCCUGGCUGCUCUGCGUAGAUUGGCUGGAGUCUGCCCUGAAGGCCUCCAGGACUCUGACUUCCAACAGCUGGUCCAGCCUCGACUUGUGGACUCCUUCUUACUCUGCAGUAACAUGGAGGAGAGUUUCGUGUAG